AUGCUGCGGCUGGUGUCGCUGAAGUUGGGGCGGCUGUACCGCUACGUGAAGCUGGCGGUGCUGGGCAGCCUGGCGGCGGCGCUGGUGCUGAACACGCACUCGCUGCUGGCCUCGCUGCAGCGCAACGAGCUGUCGGAGCGGCGCUUCCUGCAGCUCAAUAAGUGCCCGGCCUGCUGGGGCACCAGCUGGUGCCGCAAGUUCCUCAACGGGCAGCUGCGCCUGGAGAGCUGGGGCCGCCUGCGCCUGCUGGACUUCUUCAACGUGAAGAACGUGUACUUCGCGCGGUACGGGGAGCCCCGCGAGGGCUCCCGCCGCGUCGUGCUGAAGCGCCUGGGCUCGGCGCAGGAGCUCGCCGACAUCGACACCAAGAUCUGCCGCCGCGCCACCGGCAGGGGCCGCUGCGACCUGCUGCAGGCGCUGCCCGCCACCGAGUUCGCCAGCCUGAACGGCGACGUGCGGCUGCUCACCCCCGGCGCCGUGGAGGGCUGGUCCGACCUGGUGCACUGCCCCUCGCAGCGCCUGCUCGACCGCCUGGUGCGCCGCUACGCCGAGACCAAGGACUCGGGCAGCUUCCUGCUGCGCAACCUGAAGGACUCGGAGCGCAUGCAGCUCCUCAUCACUCUCGCCUUCAACCCCGAGCCGCUGGUGCUGCAGAGUUUUCCCUCUGACGAGGGUUGGCCAUUCGCAAAGUAUUUGGGAGCAUGUGGAAGAAUGGUGGCUGUCAACUACGUGGGAGAAGAGCUGUGGAGUUAUUUCAAUGCACCAUGGGAGAAACGAGUGGAUCUGGCCUGGCAAUUAAUGGAAAUAGCUGAGCAGCUGACAAAUAACGACUUUGAAUUUGCACUCUACCUCCUUGAUGUCAGCUUUGACAACUUUGCAGUGGGACCAAGAGAUGGGAAGGUUAUCAUUGUCGAUGCAGAAAACGUUCUGGUAGCAGACAAAAGGCUGAUCAGACAGAAUAAACCUGAGAACUGGGAUGUGUGGUACGAGAGCAAGUUUGAUGACUGUGAUAAAGAAGCUUGUCUGUCCUUCUCCAAGGAGAUUCUCUGUGCUCGUGUCACUGUGGACCACAACUAUUAUGCCAUCUGUCAGAACCUUUUGUCCAGACACGCCACGUGGCGGGGCACCUCGGGGGGGCUGCUGCACGACCCCCCAGCUGAGAUUGCCAAAGAGGGGCGCCUGGAGGCCCUGCUGGAUGAGUGUGCCAACCCAAAGAAGAGAUACGGUCGAUUCCAAGCCGCCAAGGAACUCCGGGAAUACCUUGCACAACUCAGUAACAACGUGAGGUAG